ACAUGAAUCGAAUGCAAAGUUGAAAUUGUAACGAACAGGCGCAGUACAAUGGCAGCUGAAUAAUCCAUGCGCGCGAAUUUUACAGCCGUUCGCGACACCUGCCGCGAAAACACUGCGGUGAGCGAUGCGUCGUUUCAGUUCCGGGCGUUCCUCGAUGACAAACAAACAUGCAUCGUGUAGCAGAAGAAGGUACGACAGCGGUCGAAAUUACAGCGAUACAUUCGCUCGCGCGCUAUAAUUCUUUUGACUUUGAAGUGGCCCUUUCGAUGCCAUAAAAUGUGGCCAAUUCAUUGGCCAAAAUUAGUGCUGCGACGGCCGUAAAAAUUCAUACCUAUGAGAUCAGCUCUCAUCUCCAUCUCCAGCACGUUGACGUUCACCGAGGAGUGGCGCGUAAAAAGAUGGCCAGCUCACCGACCAGCAUCGAAAAUCAAAUAGACAGUUUUCUGGAACAGUUCAAACGCAGUGCCUCCCGUGCUAUGGAGGAAUCUCAUAGACCUAGCUACAAUGCUUGCAGCAGUAGUAUCAGUCACAGUCGAAGUGGGAAUCUGGAUCUCGAAAUCUUGGAGGCUGAGGAUGUAGAAAGUAUGACUGGCGAGAUUGAAAAUGGGGAUUUGGCAAUCCGAGAUGUUGCAGACCUUCUCCAAUCACAGUAUGCUAUUAUAGCAGGAGGAAAAACUCGAGAGGGCUGUCCAAUAAUUACUUUUCCCGAUAAUGGUAAUUUUCACAAUUUAACUGACUUGGAUUAUCAACGUCUCAUGCUGUAUCUUACUUCCGUGCCAACUUUACAAGAAGCUGAUCUUGGGUUUCAUUUAAUAAUUGAUAGAAGAAACGAUAAAUGGAACACAGUGAAAACUGUCUUAUUAAAAAUCUCUGGUUUCUUUCCUGGUUUAGUGCAUGUAGCAUACGUUUUACGUCCAGCUGGAUUUUUACAAAAAGCUAUUUCUGAAGUGUCAAAUAAAUUAUUUCGAGAAGAGUUCAAGUUCAGAGUUAUAUUUUUAGCAAAUAUUGUUGAACUUCAUGAGUUUAUAGAAAAAGAUCAGUUGACCGAGCAACUUGGUGGUAAUCUGCCAUAUUGCCAUCACACUUGGAUACAAAACAGAAUUAGUUUAGAAAAGUUCUCAUCAAUGACACAAGACGUAUCUUUCGCAUUGGAUUCUUUUACACGGCGCUUAGCCGAGAUUGAAUUUCCCAAUAAUACUGUUGCAACAACAUCUUUACUGUCCCAACAACAGGUCGAGUACAAUGAAUUGAAGGAAGAAAUUCUUAGUGCUGCCAGACACGGCGAAGCACUUUUGGACAGUGUGCGGCAAGUAAAUGGCAAGGGAACGGCUGACAGAUUAGGAAAUGUUGCGGCAGUAGAAAGAUUACUUGUUCAAUUAGAAGAAACGGAACGUACCUUUGACUUAUUUUGGUCACAUCACAGUUCUCGUUUGAGGCACUGCCUAGCUUUGAGACAAUUUGAAGCCGACUUUCGAGAAUUACAAGCAACAUUGGACCAACAUUUAAAAACGAUAGAAGAUAUGACAGAAGUAGGAGAAACUCAAGCAAGAGUCGAACAAUUACUUUGCGACACAUUGGCGUUUCAACGAAUUUGUAGAGGAGAUAUAGAACGUGCGGAGGAAGUGAUAUCAGCUGGUCAGCAAUUGUUGUCCGGAAGACACCAAUGCCCGACGGACGUCGUAGAACCCAAGUGCGUGGAAUUACAGAGGAUUUGUACUAUUUUAAGCCAAAGAUUGGAAAGGCGACUACACAUGUUGACUAAAUGCAGAGAACUUAUGGAACGAAUAGAUAAAGCAAAUACGUGGUGUACACGUGGAAUAGAAUUACUUGCAUCGCAAAAUAAUGUAACACCGCCUGACCAAGCGCUUCAAGAAUUGCAAGAAUUGAUAGAAGCCGCGGAAGAAUUUCAUCAUCCCAGAUGUAUUUUUCAAGACUUUGUAAUGCCUGAAACAAAAGCUCUUAUUACUCAAGUUUUGCAAAGAAUAGAAGAUGUAUCUUUAAUGUGCGACAAAAGAAUAAUGACACUGAAGCAGCAAUUGAUUAAACCAGCAAGACCAGUUCAAACCGUGACACCUGAACCAGUCAAGCCAUUACAAUCACUGCCUCAAACCGUGAAACCUGGAAGAAUUCUUAAAAAAGCUAACACUAUGCCAAAGAUGGAAAUGAGUCCUAUAGAAGGAGAAUCUUCAUCGCCGGAAAGUGAAUCUAAAGAUGUAGAAGCUUUACGUUUAAAACGCGGUCACGUUUUGGCGGAACUCGUUGAAACUGAACGAAUCUACGUUGCCGAGUUAGGAUCUAUAAUUAAGGGGUACAAAAUGGAAUUAACAAACGAAACAAUGGCACAUUUAAUACCGGCAGCGCUAGUAGGCAAAGGGGAUAUUUUAUUUGGUAACUUGGAAGAUAUUUACAGUUUUCACGGGGAGACGUUUUUAAGGGAUUUAGAGAACUGUAUUUCAAAUACCGAACUUGUUGCAUUAUGUUUUGUACAAAGGCGCGAAGUGUUCUUCAGAUUAUAUAGUUAUUACUGUCAAAAUAUUCAAAGAUCGGAAAGAUUACGAGAACAGAUCCAAAAUGAGCCGCAGUUUCUUGCAACUUGUCAACAGAGGCUUGGUCAUAAGUUACCUCUUGCCGCGUAUCUUCUUAAACCCGUACAACGUAUAACCAAAUACCAAUUGUUAUUAAAAGAUCUUUUAAAAUAUAGCGACGAACCAUCGUGUUGUACUGAAUUACAAGAAGCCUUGGACUGUAUGUUAGUCGUGUUAAAGUGCGUCAACGAUAGUAUGCAUCAAACUGCAAUCACUGGAUUUGGCGGAGAUUUAAAUGCGCAAGGUGAGCUGUUAUUACAGGGCUCGUUCAGUGUAUGGAGUAGCAGUAAACGAGAACGACUUCUCAGGUUAAAGCCAUCUCAACGUCAUAUUUUCUUGUACGAGAAGGCUCUUAUAUUUUGUAAGCAUAGUAAACCUCAAGCUCAUAAUAAAGCUACAUACCACUUUAAGAGAUAUUUGAAGAUGUCGCAAAUUGGACUAACAGAAUCGGUGAAAGGCGAUGCCAGGCGUUUUGAAAUUUGGCUUCAAGGUCGAGCCGAAGUACAUACAAUACAGGCAUCCACCAUUGACGUGAAACAAUCUUGGGUGCGUCAAAUAAAAGGUGUUUUAAUGUCCCAAUUAGCUGAACUUAAGGGAAAACAAAAUUCUGCUCUUGGAAAGACUAACCACAAACCUUUGCGGCAAACAAUUUCGUGGGAAGCUCAAGGCAGUGUUUCCGGGUCUCUACGGACUCUUUCGGUCGAUGGUAGCAGUGUUAUAUCGCACAUUACAGACGUCUCGCAAUCAACGGAAGACGAUGUCGCUUGGAGUUCGGAAAACAGUAAUACCGAUGACGAAGACGCUUUUAGUGAAAAUCCUGGCCCAGCUCCUGGUGGAAGAUACGUAGCAUUAGCUGAUUAUUGUGCAGUUGGACAGUCAGAAGUUACUAUGCACGAAGGAGACAAUCUAGAACUUCUUAAGGUCGGUUGUGCUGGUUGGUGGUUUGUAAAAUUAAUAGGUACUGGAAUAGAAGGAUGGGCACCUGCAGCUUACUUGGAACCAAUUAAUCGAAAAACAUCGCGCAGUUCUCAGUCGGUGAACAGCCAAGAAACUAUAUGAAACAGGCGUCUAACACACUAGGUUUUUCUAGUGUGUUAGGUUUAUAUAAUUGUCGUUAACGAGUAUCGAUUGUUAAAGAGUAGAGUUAAGAAUUGCAUAUGGAGGCUUUUGUAAUAUAAAGAUACGGACAAGACUUUGGAAAUUUACCAUAAAAUUUAACUCGUAACAUGCACACACACACACACACACACACACACACACACACAACCACACCCACACACACAAACACACAAUAUUAAAUUUCUGAUUCUGUAAACUACAUAAUACAACAGCAAUAUGCGCUUGAUUAAUACAAUUAAUCAAUAAACAGUUAUAAUUACGCGUUACUUUUAAUAUUGAAAUCAGAGAAAAGUGAUUAUCAAAGAACAAUCUGAUUGUGUAACCUUUUAUGAAGAAGUCAGGGAAUAGAGAAAUGCAUGAAUUUUUGGUUACAUAAAGUCUACUCCACAAAAAUUUUUUGGUGAAAGUAAGUACUUUAUGCAAGAAAAUAGAAUUUGCAUUUACUAAAUAAUAAAUACAUAUACUAUUAGUUAGAUUUAUUCUUACAAGCAGAAUAACAUUUAUAGAAUUGUACAAAACAAUGUUUCGAUAGCAAAUUAAAAUCAUGUGCAAGCAUACACGCGUAUUUACAUUUACAUAGUUUAAGAAUUGCUACAAAUAAUACAGAUUUGUAUUUAAUGUUGCAUAUUGUCAUACCAAUAAGAAAAUUACUGCAAUGAGAUACAAUCGUUCAGUCGUUAGGUUGUUACUUCCAUGAAAAUUUCCAUAGGGAUAUUAUAAUCUAUAAAAAUUUAUUUGUACUUACGAGCUGCAUAAUAUUCGACCGAAUGCAAAUCAUAUGCUACAAGACUUGGAAUAAUUUUGUUAGCAAUGCUUGUAAUAUGUUUAAUAUGGUUGAAACUUGUGUAAGUACAGUUACAGAAAAAAAUCAAAUGCAUCUGUGUUAUAUUUACGAAUUAUUUUUUAGGAAACUCAUGUUAAUACACCACACACAUGAUUUAGGUAUACAAAAGAAGUUUAAAUGCGAACAUGUAUUAUUUAUUUUUACAAUUAAUAGAGUACAACUGAAAGUAGAAGUUUCACAAUGUUUUUAAGUGAGUUUAGAAUAUUUGCAAAACUAUCGCAAAAUUGGUUAAAGAGUCCUUCAAGUAGAAACAGACGAUCGAAUAUUUAUUUGAUGGUUCCGUAAAUGAAAUAUAAAACGUAGAACUACUUUGUUGGCACAUUAGUGUAGUUAGAAUAGAAAAUUAUACUGUUAAUAAGUCUUCGUGACCAAACAGCUUGAUAUUAGUACUAUUUUAGUAAGUAGUAUAAAUAACUUAUUUAAAAUAUUUAUAUAAAGAGAAAGCAAACGAUUACAGAGAGAUUAAAUAACAUAUACACAAAUUUUUUAGAGGAUAAAGAAUUAACACCAAGCAUUGUGCAAUAUUUAACACUGAUUGUAAGAAAAAUGUAGUAUAUACAUAGGUAGUAAAGUUGCAAAUUUCGAUUUUAGCAUAGUUAAUGAUCUACCAAUUUCUUAAGUAUCGAAUGAUAAUGAAACAUGUAUAAUAAAGUAAUUUGUACUAAAAGUUUAUAUGAAUACAGAAGAAUUAAGAAAUUGUUAAGGAUUAACAUUUUUUUUAUAGCUAUGGAGUGCAAUAAUUAUGUUUACUUUAUAAUCGAAAAUGAUAAAUAUUUCAUCGCAUAAUUUAUAUUACUUGUACAAGUGUUAUUUAAAUGUAAUUUAUGUAUUAUUUAUGCAUAGAAAAAUUCUAUUGUGA